AUGACGGAUCAGAGUCUUUCUGUUGGAUUCGUUUCCAAUGGGGCAAUCCAGUAUGCUAUACCUGAAACAGUCACCGGCCGGUGUAGCGACUCUCCUCAGCUAUCGAAUCUUCUGAUUGGGCAAUCGCAACCUAUUAUUAAUCAAAUAAUGGUCCCGUAUGGAGCGAACAACAACACGACUGGUCUAUUGCCUUCAGUCAAUAGUGGCUCUGUGGUCCCUCCGGAAGCGACACCUACACUCUAUGUACCAAACCAGCAAUCACCAGGACAAACCUUCGAUCAGACUAUUCUCCUUCUUACUACGAUUGAUACGUAUCUUCAAUUCAGGAUUUCUCGCCAUCGCGUAGACGGAAGAAGCUCUCUGAGCACUGAGACGGUUCAAAAAUCUAUCAUUGCGGGUGUCAACCUCUUCUCGAACCAAAAGGGCGAUCUGAAGGAGAAUGUGAUGUUUAAAGUACAAUGCCCGGAAGACAUGAACACCUACAUUCACAUCGAAAGAUUCUCCGUCGGUACUUCGGAGGAACAGAUCUUGUCGGUGAUCCGCUUCGCCGCCGUCCAAAUAUUUGUUUCUGUCCAGCAGUCCCCGGUCGAUGUGCUACAGCGGCCGCCAAUAUUACGUUCUUUACGAGAGAAGCUGCCGUGUAUUAUUUCUUCCGUGAUAAUGAAAGCACCUUUAAUUUCAAGGCAGGCUUUGGAAGUGCCUGUGGAACAAGAAUAAGUGCCGUCCCGUUGACGCAAAUGAGAUGAAACAAUCUCCGGUCUUUCUGAUUGAGGGUCCCGAGGAAGCUAUAUCUAUACCAUCUGUUGAGAUUUGUU